AUCAAUCAAAACCUUUUUCUACAGUGGAGACAGCCACUAUCAUGACACCUACUGAGUGUCCUCCAUCGAGUCCGCGGCCUACAGAAUUUGACUACUCCGCCGCACUGAGCGAGUCCACCGCCCUGUCUGGCCUGCUGGGCCCUGCCGUUUCUGCGGAGCUGGGCAUGGACAGCUUCCUGAGCGACCUGCAGGAGUACCAGCCACACGACGGCGCGCCGAUCUCAGACCUGCCCGCCACGGCCAGCAUCACGAUCCAGCCGGAGCAGUGGGCUCUCAGCUACACCGACCCGCGUACGCCGGGCGUCACCACUGCGCUCAUCCUGCCAGAAACCAGGAACUUUCCUAAUCUUGGAUUACCAGGCGAGUUUCCCAGCUACAUCAUGACAGCCCUCCAACAGAACCUUCCGCAGUUCUACAACCAAUUCCUGACAGAGAUGGAGGCGAGCUAUGCCACCUCGCGCGCCGUUACCAUGGAAACUGAUGACGCCACCUACGGACCGGACGCCGCCUGCCCCUACCCCCUGCGAACCGACCUGGGCAGCGGAUUCGCCCUGGAACGCCUCGGGCCGACCUUGUGCAAAGUCAACAACAGGUUCACUGGCGUCUACCCGGGCGACGGGCGGCGUUUUGUCAUCGACGUGGGGAUAGAUUGGGGACGUUGGUGGGUUGGAAUUACGAUAGUUAUCACCUUCUGAAGAAUCUUUUAGGACGGACCUAAGACCCCCUUUCCACUAGACGGCGAUCACGCUGCUGCUGCGACCUAAACCCGAUUCAUGUAAUGUUCGAUUUCAUACAGGGUAUAUCAUACAAAAUCAAAAAGGGUGCCUGGAAAAGGCAACAAGACACACAUAGUGUAAAAAUAUUUGUUUCCUUUCAUACAGGUCUUUAAGCGCUCUGUCAAAUUUUAGGUCGCGAGUGAGAGCGCUGUUCUAGUAGAAAGGGGGUAUAAAGCCAAGGUGCACUCUCACUGCACUUAAGUCAAGCUUGCGUCACUGCGGGGUUCGUUCACUGCGUCACUGUUUUGGUAUUUUCGCCGAUUUUAUAGUAGAUAUUCCGGAAUACGUAAGACUAUGACUUAAAAGACGACAAAAUACACAAAAGUAAUAAAAUUCGUUCUUUAUCUCUGAAGUGCCUUGCCAAAUAGUAAUCUUCCGAACCCCGCAGUGACGCAAGCUUGACACAAGUGCAGUGAGAGUGCACCUUAACAGAAACGCCACGUACACAACCCACGAGUAAUGCACAUCAGCCAAAGGGCUGAAGUCCUCUUCUUCUUCUUCGCAUAGAAGCCAUUGCCAUAAAACAAUGAUAAGUAUACUGAAGAAUAUCAGAGAUCACAAUAAUAUGCUGGUCACCUUACGUUAUCAUAUUUUCCCAUGGCGUUUGAUUUGUCAUGGUUUUCUGUUGAUACCAAACUAGAGCAAUGGAAAAUAUGUGCAGCAAAAUUAGACAUCGACAAGGAAUACACACUACGGUUUCAUACUGCAUCUGUGUAAUAUGGAAAUAUAAACUUGUAGGAUAACAAAAGGAUGACGACAAAAUAUCACUUAGUUAUAUAUAUAUAUAUCAAAUAUUAAGCAGGACGAUAGUAUUUAAGAUAAUUAAAUAUUGUUUAUGUUAUUGGUAAUGAUGUAUUUACAACUAAGUUUGAGCGCCGCAGCUUGCUGCUUUUUUAGGAACUUGCUUCUAUCCUCAAUAAAAAAUUUGAAACGGAAUAUCGUAUGCCAUUCAUUUCUUUACUAGCUGUCACGAAUCUUUCAACUGAUGAGCCUUUUGAAAUAUUGAUGCUUCGAUCUCCUAUUACUCACUCACUCAUGGGUCAAAACAAUAACAUAAAUGACCAUUAAGCCUCCAAAUCAGACAACACAGCAUUUAUUCUGCACGAGAGACAUUUGUGAACAGACUGGACUGGCACUUGUAAUCAUACAGCCAAGAAAGGACAGUAAACAGCAUGCAACGACUACAAAAUGUACCAACCAAAAAUCUUCAGGUGUUUUUGAGUCAUGAUCCUAUCUAACUAUUCAAGUUUCUGAAUUACAUUGUAUUCUACCAAGGAGGUUUCAUUUUCUUGAUUCUAUGUACUAAAAACAAAUGUGUUUAAAUGGCCAACUCUAAAUAAGGACUACCAAUAAGGCCAUUUUUGGUGGUCCCCAUUUUUUGCCAUUGAA